CUGAUUGGGAAGUCCAGUAGAAUGUAAAGACAAGGAUCAUCUAUCAAUUUAUAGCUGACGGGUUGAUAUUGUUCCCUCUGCAGAUUGAUUGAUUGCCCCCGACGUCGGCCGAAAUUGAGACUUUUGGUCUUUUUUUUUUCUCUCCGGUGUGCCAAGAAAUCCGAGUAGUCAUAACCUGGAAUUUUGAUAGUUAGUUAACUACUCCAUUAUUGUAUGAUUCAACAAACCUCACCACCUGCUGGCCCAAACGAAAAGAGAAAAAAAAAAAAAGUGUAGUGGACAGAUCAUCUACUCCCGGAGAGGAUUUCUUGGAGGGAAUACAAUACAUCUUCUGAUUAACGAUUGCUUAAGCAAUUGAUCUUUUUUGCCCGUCCCUCUUUUGUUCGCCCGUUCAUCCCACCUUUUUCUUCCGAUCCUCUGCCGACUCAAUAUUUCCCCGCAAUGUCGUCUUCCACCUCCUUCACCAUUCGGAUUCCCUGCUCGUCCGCAAACAUUGGUCCUGGUUUUGAUGUGAUCGGUCUGGCGUUGUCUCUUCAUCUCGAACUGCACGUGACUGUCGACUCAUCCAAGUCAUCCUCGGAACACCCAUUGAACUGCGUGGUCACAUACGAGGACCAAAGCGGCAGCACUGAGCAAAUUAGUCUGGACCCGGAAGUGAACUUGAUCACCCGUGUAGCCCUCUACGUACUUAGAUGCCAUGACCAACGAGCAUUCCCCGUCGAGACACGGGUGCAUAUUGUAAACCCAAUUCCAUUGGGUCGGGGUUUGGGUUCGUCGGGAACCGCGGUGGUUGCGGGAGUGAUGCUAGGGAAUGAAGUCGGCCGCUUGGGCUUGAGCAAGGACCGCCUGCUUGAUUACUGCUUGAUGAUUGAACGACACCCAGAUAACGUCGCUGCCUCGCUAUUCGGAGGCUUUGUCGGAACUUACCUCAACGAGCUCAAACCAGAAGAUGUAGCCCGCAAAGAAAUCCCCCUCAGUGAGGUGCUUCCCGCUCCAGCAGGUGGGAUUGACACCGGUAUCCGGCCACCUGAGCCUCCUCUUGGAAUUGGUCAUUACAGAAAGUUCCCGUGGGCCAAGGAGAUCAAGGCUAUCGCCAUCAUUCCCGACUUCGUGGUGCCCACAGCUAACGCGCGAAAUGUCCUCCCUACGAGCUACUCGAGGGCUGACGUGGUCUUCAACCUGCAACGUGCGGCGCUGCUCCCUGCAGCACUAGGCUCCUCUCCCCCCGACCCCGAUAUGAUCUACCUGGCUAUGCAGGACAAAGUUCACCAGCCUUACCGCCAGACCCUCAUCCCCGGUUUGACUGAGAUCCUCCGCUCAAUGAACCCAAGCACACAACCUGGUCUGCUUGGAAUCUGUCUCUCCGGCGCUGGACCAACUAUUCUGGCUCUAGCCACGGAUAGGUUUGACGAAAUCGCGCAGCUCAUCAUUGCUCGCUUUAGCUCCCAAAACAUUUCCUGCCAGUGGAAACUGCUUGAACCUGCUCAGGAUGGCGCCACAGUGCAUUAUUAAGAACCGCAAUGCAUGAUACCAAUUUUUCCCCACUAGAGUAACGGGUCUAGAUGGAGUUUGUCCCGAAACAUCGAGGACUCUUUUUUUUUUCGCUUCACAAACCCGCAAGGGUUGGGCGGCAGUAAGAUAGCCUGGAGUCAUGAGUCUGUAUGUAGGGUAGAAACAUGUAGAAUGAUCAUUGUCAGGAUAAUGAAAA